AUGGUAAACAAAACACUAAAACAAAAAAAAGUGAUCGACUAUGCAAGAGGAAGAGUGAUCCUAGAAAGCUCAGACGAAGACGAAGAAGAAGACAUCAUCAACGAUCAAGAAUUGGAAUCGGAUUCCGACUCAGAGGAGGAUGUAGAACUAGGCCCAGGAUCAAAAAGGAACCGAAGACAAGAAGAAGAACUCGAGAUAGAUCUCAACGAAGACAUCCUCGAAGAAGAAGAAGGGUUGCAGAAGAGGAUUGAAGAAGAAGAAGAGAGCAGACCACAGAUCCAUCCGACCCGACGGAUCGCGGUAGUCAAUCUGGAUUGGGACCAUCUCAAGCCGAUCGACAUCUACAAAGUCUUCUCGUCCGUCCUGAGUGUCCCGAUCCACAGCGAUCCGCAGUCUGGCCCGGCCGCCUCGACUGGGUCGGCCAGACAGCCGACGGACAAGCAGCAGCAGCAGACUGGCCGGCUCAGCCAGCGGGUCGAAGGACGGGUGGAGCGGGUGCAGGUGUACAAGAGCCAGUUCGGGAAGGAGCGGAUGAGGAGAGAGGAUGAGGAGGGCCCGCCGGCAGAGAUCUUCAAGACUUCUUCUUCCGUCCCCUUCUCGCACGAAGAUGAGGAUCAAGAGCUGGUCGAGCUCGAUAAUGGGGCCGAGUUCGACGACAAAGCCUUGCGCCAAUACCAACUGGACCGUCUGCGAUACUUCUAUGCGAUCCGUCUUCUUCUCGAUUCCGACGGCCCACUGCCCCAAACACCGUGGUUUGGCGGAAAUCCGACGGGGACUGGAGUUUCGAUACGGGACCGCUAA